GUCAUAAAGAACUAUCUUGUCAUAUCGGUAUAAUAAUACCAAUUUAUUUUUAUUAAUUUAUUCUUCUAUUCGUAGGUAACAAUUUGUAGCGAAUAAACAUGGUACCUACUUCAUUAUUUUAGGAGUAUGGGAGAAAUUUUUAUUUAAUGUGAAGUUUUUGUUGUAAAUUAAUAUUAUUGUAUUGUAUGGUUACACUAAGUUUUAUUUCAACAUGGAAGUUAUUGUUGCAAAUGUUGAUCACAUUAAAUUUGAUAUAGAUUAUGCUUUGGAAGAACAAUAUGGGGCUCUUCCGUUACCUUUCCCUGGAAUGGACAAAUCAACUGCAGCUGUUUGUGAAUUCUUCAGCCAGCCAAGUGGUUGCGGCAAUGGUCCUCAAUGUCCUUACAGACAUGUUCGCGGAGACCGCACUGUCGUAUGCAAACAUUGGUUGCGAGGACUCUGUAAAAAAGGCGACCAAUGCGAGUUCCUUCAUGAAUAUGACAUGUCGAAAAUGCCCGAAUGUUAUUUCUAUGCCAGAUUCAAUGCUUGUCAUAAUAAAGAAUGUCCAUUUUUACACAUAGAUCCUGAAAGCAAAAUAAAAGACUGCCCUUGGUAUGACAGGGGUUUUUGCCGACAUGGUCCCCACUGUCGUCAUCGGCAUGUCCGGCGUGUCCUGUGCAUCAACUACCUCUCUGGGUUUUGUCCGGAUGGCCCCAAGUGUAAAUACAUGCAUCCCCGUUUUGAGCUGCCUGCUCCUCCUGAACAGACCAAGGACGCUAAGCGCUUGCCUGUGUGUCACUACUGUUCUGAAGUUGGUCACAAAGCAUCCACUUGUAACAAGAUACCCGCUGAACAAAGAGAAGCAGCUCAGAGACAAGAAGAGGCGCGUUACCGGGCUCUGGGCUAUGUGAAGCCAGUCGGCGAGGGUGAGGACGGUCAGCGGCUGCAAAGGAUCAUGCACAAGCCUCUGGAAGAAGUCACAUGCUUCAAGUGUGGAACCAAGGGACACUAUGCUAACAAGUGUCCCAAGGGCCACCUGGCCUUCCUCUCCAGCCAAGCCAACCAGAACAACCAACCUAUAUUCAAGAAACCCAACUAGUAUAAGUAUGUGAAGCCAAGUUAGGCUUCAUGAGACUACAGUGAAGUGUGAAAAUUUAAUGUGUCCUGUAUUUGUAUAGACGUAAGAUUUAAAUAAUAAAAUAAGAGCAAA